AAUUUCCGGAUCCAUCACUGCAAGGACCAUCCCAUUUGUGCGAAGGUCAGGGAAAAUCCUUGAUCCGCUCCUGACUGACGUCAAGAUUGGUAUGCCAAUCGAUACGGAUUUGCACUGCACACCUUAGCCACAUUAUAAAAGAAGCCGGUAAGGUGUGGUAGCACACAUUUUAAUAGUUCCGAUGUCAAUGAUCACGUCAUCUACUACCUCAAUUUUGAAAGGUUGUUAAUUUUACUUUGUUAGAAAAUUAAUAUAAAAUGUGUUUUAAGCUUUUGAUUGCGAUAACGGCUCUAUUGCUCAAUCAUGCGGAGGGUAAAACUUGUGGUAGCACGACGGGAGCAAGUAGUGAAUGGAAUAACAAAUACGCCGAUAUGUGGUUCAGCAUUCCCGUGACGUCACAGAUAACGGGAGGGUGGACGGUGGAGAUGGAGUUCUCAGCCCCUGUCCAAAAUAUUCAGAUUUGGAGUGCUAAAUUGGACAGCAUUAGUUCUGAUUCGAUGACACACACACUGACCAACAAAGACUGGAACAAAGACCAGUCUGCUGGCAGUGUUCUGUGGAUGAACUUCUUGGUUGAAUUUAAUGGACCCCCCACCCCUACUUUUAUUGUAAGAUUAAGUGGUCAACCAGAUUGUUCAGAUUCGACGGCGGCACCAAUUGACCAGACCACCACAGAACAACCAGCCAUUUCUACAACAACAGGUGGGGGCACUUUGGCUCCAGAAGUAACCUUGCCAGAUUCAGGAUCAUUUGAUUACUACGAUGCCCUCUAUAAAUCCAUCUUGUUUUACGAAGCUCAAAGAUCAGGAGAGUUGCCACCCAACAACAGAAUCCCAUACAGAGGCGACAGUGCUCUCAAUGACAAGGGUGACAAUGGAGAAGACCUAACUGGUGGAUGGUAUGAUGCUGGUGAUUUUGUCAAGUUUGGACACCCAAUGGCGAGCACUGCUACCAUUUUAGCAUGGGGAUUGAUCGAGUACAGGUCCGGCUACGUUAACGCAGACCAGCUAGACAUCAUGCUUGAUAGUAUCAAGUGGGCUACUGAUUACUUCCUGAAAUGCCAUACCGGGACUUUCGAGUUUUACGGCCAAGUGGGAAACGGAGGAUUUGAUCACAGUAACUGGGGGCGACCGGAGGAAAUGGACGAGUCAAACCGGCCUGCAUAUGUGCUGACUCCCAGUAAACCAGGUUCUGAUCUAUUAGGCGAGACUGCCGCUGCAUUAGCUGCUGCUUCCAUAGCUUUUACACCAACAGACACAGAUUAUGCCACUACUUUACUAGAUAAUGCCCGUGACCUGUACACAUUUGCUAAAACGUAUGAAGGAAAGUAUUCCGACUCCAUACCCGAUGCGGCCAGCUUUUACAGCUCUAGUCAUUACUAUGACGAACUUGGUUGGGCCGCUGCUUGGCUGUACCGCGCCACAUCUGAAGUAGAAUACCUGAACGAUGCCGUUGAUUACUACGAUAGCAACAAUUUAGGUGACAAGCCCUGGGCAUUUGAUUGGGAUGAUAAAAAAGCUGGUCUCCAGUUAUUGAUGUACAAGUUGACACAGGAAACAAAGUACAAGAACGCAGUUACCACGUUCUUUGACGAUUGGUUGCCUCAUAGCACUCUUAAUAGUGCUGUGAAUUAUACUCCCCUUGGAUUAGCUUGGCGAAUACAGUGGGGCCCCAAUAGAUACGCAGCGAAUGUCGCAUUUUUAGCUUUGGUUGCAGCUGACCUUGGUAUCAACCCGACAUCAUAUAGAGACUUUGCUCGAGAUCAGAUCAACUACAUACUCGGCAGCAGUGGACGUAGUUACGUAGUUGGUUUUGGAGUCAAUCCACCAAAUAGACCCCAUCAUAGAUCAAGCUCCUGUCACGAUCUACCUGCAACGUGUUCAUGGACUGAUUACCACGCUGACGCUCCAAAUCCACAGAUAUUACAUGGUGCUGUGGUUGGUGGACCGGACAUAAACGACUAUUUUGAGAACGAUCGUGAAGAUUUCAUUAAGAACGAAGUAGCGUGCGAUUAUAAUGCCGGUUUUCAAUCAUCAGUUGCCGGUAUUAUUACAUUGAUGACGACCAACAAGUAAACGGCGGAGGAGCGAUCAUCCAACUAAAAUACAGGCUUGAUAGGAAGAAUAAGUUUUGUAACAUUACGUAAAAUGCUACGAGAAUUUCACUGCAGAAAUUAUAUACAGCACUAUUUUGUAGAGCUGUAAGAGCAUGCUCUUAAUUAUUUGAAGGAAAUGUAUUGUUCUUGGGAUUCGAACAAACACCAUUUGAUGUCUAUUAAUUAUAUUGUAUUCUUAGAUCUUUCUGUUUAAAUAUUUUUUUAAAUUGUAUUGCGUACCGUAUAGUUUUAAACCAUAGGCCUAUGAAAUUAAAGUUAUAGGUGUGGCGGGGUUUUCCAUAUUAAAUUUAGUAAUGUAUGUACCCUA